AUGGAAUCUAUUAAAUGUGUAGUUGUAGGUGAUGGUGCAGUUGGUAAAACAGCCUUGUUAAUAGCCUAUUCAUCAGGUUGUUUCCCUGAAGAUUACGUUCCUACAGUUUUUGAUAAUUAUAAUAAGAAUAUUUCAUAUGGUGAUGGUAUUGUUAGUAUUGCUUUAUAUGAUACUGCUGGUCAAGAAGAUUAUGAUCGUUUGAGACCAUUGUCAUAUCCAGAUACUGAUGUAUUUCUUGUUUGUUUUUCAUUAGAAAAUCCAAAUUCACUUGAAAAUUGUCAAAGUAAAUGGGCAGAAGAAUUGAAACAUUACAAUCCAGAUACUCCAAUUGUUCUUGUUGGUACAAAAUUAGAUUUAAAGAAAGAUGAAGAAUAUAUUAAAAAACUUAAAGAUAAGAGAAUUGAACCUGUCACUUCGGAACAAGGUAAUGAAAUGAAAGAUAGAAUUAAAGCAUCAGGAUAUAUUGAAUGUAGUGCAAAGACUAUGGAAAAUUUAGCAGAUGCUUUUGAUUUGGCUGUUGGAAUUGCAAUGAAACAAAAAUUGAAAGACAAUCCACAAAAUAAUGUCAAUCGUCCACAAAAGAAAAAAUGUCAAAUUUUGUAAUUUAACAUUUUCUUUCAAUAUAUUAUACUUU